AGCUGCUUCACCAAGUAUACAAUGCAUCAUUCUCGCAUUACUGCGUUUCAAAUUCACACGGGCAGGAACUGGCACCCCUCUCAAGGAGACCACAGUUACCAAGUGACAACACAAACACAUUAACUCAAGAGCUAGCUGAAGAACACCACAGGCCUACAAGAAGAAUGUCACAUGAGUCAAAGUUACAGCCCUAUCAGAAUCGCACCAGGCCUGAUGUCUUGGAGGGCCGUCUGAGUGGUCAGGAGAGGACACUGGCUGUGCUGCUGGAGCAGGCUUUCAGGAUCAAAGAGGAGGUGGCAGCAGGUCUGCAGUCCACCCAGGGCUCCGUCCAGGUCGAGGCACUUUCCCGCAAGCUGCUGGAGAAUCACAUACUGACGAUCACACGCAUUGUCAAGCAGCUUAGCAUGGACAUACAGGCCCUGGAGAGACAGAUCGCUCAGCGGGACUCCAUCACCUCUGGAACCACAAUGGCUGUUCAAAACCUGGACCAGAAGAACAUGGCUAUCAUUGGAGACCUGAGAGGAAGAGUAGCCAGGUGUGAUGCCAGCAUCACCCAGCUGAGUGCUGACGUGAGCUCUGGGGAGCAGCAGCUGAUUAGCCUGCAGAAGGAGGUGGCAGAGCUCAGGUCAGCUGUGGAUGUGAGGCUCAAAGAGCUGGAAGUCAAGCUUUAUCAUGACCUGGGGAGACUGGAGGCCUCAUUGUCAGAGCAUUCCCAGGGCCAAAGGAGCUCCAUGUCUGAUUUGCUUACACAAGUUAAACUACUAGAGGCCAGGAUGUCAGGUGAACUGAAGGAAGCCAAGGAGCAGACAGAUUCGCUGAGGAAGUGGACAGAACAACAGCUCAACAGCUCAGUCCAGCACUGCACACAACAGCAGGACAAAAUGUUAGAGUCAACGUCUAGAUUAGCUGACCGGCUACGUGCUCUGGUGGCCCGUGUGGAGCAGUUUGAGACCCAGCGGGACCAGGCCAACCGCAGUCAGGCAGAUCAGCUGAAACGCUCUGAAACCAAACUCAGUAAAAGAAUGACCUCAAUGGAGAGCAGCCUUCAUCAGGAGCUGCAGCUGCUCAAACAGGAAAACCACAAAGGGUUCCUGUCUGUGCACGAUGCCAUUGAGUCCCUGAGGCAGAUAGGUAACAUCAAAUCCCGCCUUGACAAGGAGAAGCUUCAGAAAGAUAUCAGGCACAUCUGCAGCAAGGUGGCAGAGCUCAACGACUUGUGACGUUAUCAACUGAAGAGGAGCCCCUUGUUACUGUCGCAACUACCCUGAAGGGAUAGCUUGAUUCAUACUCUUUUUAAACCAAAAGGCAUGCCUGUCAGUGAUAGUGUUAACUGUUUCCUGGCUGUCGUUAUUCACAUCUUAUUCUACGAGCCCACAGCUAUUUAGGCUAUGGCAAUAUUUAAUUGAGUCAGUCUUUGAAAGUCAGAGAAAUGAUCUUGCAGUUUGAAGUGAAAUUUUAAAUCAAAUUUCUGACAUUUUGUGAAAUGUCAGAAAUUUGAUAUUUUUGUGAAAGAUUUUUUUUUGAAAACCCAUUCAUGUUUGCCAAUGUCAAAGACAAAGACAGAUUUUUUGUGCAAUUUGAAACUUUAACUCCAUCUUUUUUUACUAGGAUCCAUGUAUACACAUGUAUAAGUCUUGUUAGACCUGACUAAUUCUUGACUAUUGUAACACUAUUAUUAUUAAAAUACUGACACACA